AUGACGUCCGUCAAAAUCAACCACAUAUCAUCGCUCAACGAGCCGUACCCCUCUCCUUCGGCCCUCGAAGCCGCCACAACAACGCACGUUCAAGGCGCCUUCGUUAUUGCCACGCGUAAGCUGCCCAUCCUCAAAUCGGGUCCCAUCGACGCCAUGUCGGUGCGGCUAGGAAUUCCAAUUCCCGAGAUGAUCUUCGGUGAUAACCUCGUCUCGAUCACGCACCGGCCAACGGGCUGGUCGAUCGAAUUCAAUGCCGAGGACGCGCUCGAGCGCGUGGACAAAACGGGCGAAAAGAUGCUGCAGGUGGCGUACGCGGGCGAGUGGAGCUCGAGCCGCGAGAAGACGAGCGCGGGCAUUAGCGAGGUGGUCAAGCCGUUUGACUGGAGUUAUACAACGGACUAUUGUGGGACGGAGAGGCCCGGCUCGACCGGAGGGGCUGAAGGGAAAGAAACAAAGUUGCAUGGGGACGAGAACACACCGGAUAUACCCAUUGAGCUCCUGAAGCGGCGAGACCCGAUCCUCUUCGCGGACGAGGUGGUCCUUUACGAAAGCGAGCUAGAUGACAACGGGUGCAGUAUCGUCAGCGUGAAGCUGCGGGUGAUGGAGCACCGCAUGUUGCUGCUGUGCCGGAUGUUCAUGCGGUUGGAUAACGUGCUGGUGCGGGUGCGGGAUACGAGGGUGUAUGUGGAUUUUGAUAAGGAGGAGGUAAUUAGAGAGUAUACGGAGAGGGAGGAUAAGUUUGAGAAUGUGAAGACGAAACUCUUCAUGCAAGGCCUCAAACUGGAUCAGGUUACCAUCGCACUUCGUGAUGCCAACCAGGUAGCGCCUCUGCUGCCGCUCAUCAAGCAGGGAGUUGAGAGCGUUAUCCUAGGUCCGGGUGUGGCUACAAAGACGACGACAACAACACGGUUCCCAGGGCAAACGCAAUCGACACCACAGACUCAGUUUGUCCGUCCGCCGCCGAGAUAG